UGAGCGCUGCGCUCAACAUGGCAGACAGGGAAAACAGGCGCUAACUGUCCUUCGUUGUUAAACCAAGCUGAAUAAUUUGUCACCGAGUAAUGAAAAUGUUGUAAUUUAGGCAGGUCUGAGAUCUGCAGGGGAAAAUGCUGUGUCUCCGGCUGCGCCUGUGGCUUCAGCCUGGGACUCAAGUUUGCGCGCAGGUUUCCCGGCAGAGCGUCCACAAACUGGCCUCCAUCCAGAAAGCCACAAAACUUUACCCACAGAAAAUCCAAAGCUUACUUUACCCCUUCAGUCAGCUGGAAACAUACCUGGACAGGUCUGUGGACAGGACACAGUUCCAGCUCUUUCAUCCCAGUGUGGACGACAUGAUCAAAGCAGAAAAGCUCUUCUCCUCUUCACCGUCUCAUAAGAUUGAUUACUACAUCUCUGCAGAGAGGAUGGACCAUGUACCCGCACUGCAACAGCCAGAGGUGUGUUUCAUCGGCAGAAGCAACGUGGGCAAGUCGUCUCUCAUCAAAGCUCUGUUCUCCCUGACUCCUGAGGUCGAAGUCAGAGUCUCCAAAACUCCAGGCCACACAAAGAAGAUGAACUUCUUCAGGGUGGGCAAAGCCUUCACCCUGGUGGACAUGCCAGGCUAUGGACACAAAGCACCCAAAGACUUUGUGGAGAUGGUGGAGCCCUACCUUUACACAAGGAAAAAUCUUGUAAGGACAUUCCUGCUGGUUGAUGGCAGCGUUGGUCUUCAGAAGGCCGACCUGAUCGCCCUGGAAAUGUGUGAGGACAUCAGACGUCCGUAUGUGAUGGUGGUGACCAAGAUUGACAAGUGUGGGCCCGGAACACUUCUGACAAACUUACUGAAUCUUCAGGGUGUGGUUAAAACCCACACCACAUGCUGCUUCCCCCAGCCGUUUCUAGUCAGCUCGCUCCAGUUUUGGGGCAUCUACCUCCUGAGAUGCUUCAUUACCCAUCUGACAGGGAGCAUCAGGUUAACAAACACCUCUCAGAGCUGACAAGAGGCCGGAUUGGUCUCAGUGACUGAGGUAUGGACACCUCCUCUCUAAUCUCUGACAGCUACUUGGUGCUGACAUGUGGGGCUGAUAACGGGGGGGUGUGGGAUGGAGGGGGUUACUUGUCUACAUGCAGCUAGAUAAUAUCUGAAGAUGUUUUAUUUUUGAAUAAAAUGAAAAAUCCACUCUUUUUGGUUUGACUAGUUAUGAGUUUUUCAACAUGUCAGUCCAAAACCACGGGCACUAAUCCACUGUUCUGGGAGGGCUGUCCACCAGAUUUUGAAAUCUGGUAGUAGAGGUUUGUUCCCAUUUCACCUCAAGAGUAUUACUGUUGUCUGGUAGUAAAAUAUGUUGACUGAUGUCACAAAAUGUGAAACUACAGCUGCGAGUAAGCGUUAAGACCUGGCUAACUGUUGACCUUCCAGUUCAGUUAAGUUCUCUCACCCCAAAUCAUCAUUGCAUUUUGUUGCUUUAUGAUUUCCCUGAAUGGGAUCUAAGAAGCCUGGGCCAAACCAUGAAAACCAGCCCAAGACCAGAAGUCCCCAGCAUACAUGGACAGGGACAAUGGCUGUAUCUACAGUAUGUACUUGAGGACAGAUAGUGGAACAUAGUGGCCAGAGUCUGCUUGAAGCAGGCUGCUUAGGAAAAAGCUUUACAAUUGUAAUAUAAAGGUAGUGUAUAUAGUUUAUAUAGAGUGUGUAGGGCUUUGGGUCUCUUCAUGUAGGCAUUCAGUGUGUUACAUGUGGCCGUACAUGAGAAGACACAGUACAUAGAAGCAAAUACAAGCUAAUGCUGCUCAAUGUCUGCUGGGUAUGUAAAUUGACAACUGCUUGCUAACGUGUUCCCAAUAACGACUUCAUACAGAGGUUAUAGGUCAGUGGUGUGUUUUCAGGUUGCUGUGCUACACCCAAGUGGCCAAAAAUACAAUUAAUGCAUCUUUAGACUUUUUUCAAUUCAAACAUUUGUGUUUAUAAACGGUAUAAUUCUCAUUCGAGCUCAUGGAAACUGCUGAGACCAGUGAUGGUUAUAUAUCUUCAUUAUGACAGUAAACUUUCAUAUGUGAGUAGUCAGCUGAUCCCUGGUUGAAUAAACAUUUUGAUAAUAGCUACUCAAUAAUAAGCAGUCAGUUAACAUUUUUCACUUAAUGGAUGCAGUAAGAACUCCUUACCUGUGCAUUACAAAUAUUCCUACUGAAAUUAUAGAUUUUAGGUAAAUGCAUACAGGCACUGUGAAUUUGCUGUUACAAUAAUUAAUCAACAAUACAAUAGGUAUUACUUACAAUAGGUUACAAUAUUGACUAUUCACUCACUUGGUUUUUGGCUCCACUCUGAGUUAAACUCUAAAGUCUGUCCCAGGAAAUCAGCAGGUUCAGAAACACUCAGACCAGCAGCAGCAAUCAUGUCACAGUCAAAGCCACUGAGACAUUUUGUCCCCAUUCUGAUGUUUGAUGUGAACAUUGUUUGACACAAAUAUGAAACACUAUGUUUUUAUGUUAUUUGUUUUUUGUUUUUUUGUUCUUUUGUUUUAUUUACCAUGAACCAUUAAAAUAUUCACUUGGUUCAUACAGGUCACAUACUGCUAAAUAGCUGACAGUUGUUGUAACUGAGAUCACAAUUCAAUAAUUAACAAUAGUAAUAGACAACAUUUGGCCUGGGGCAGUUAUCUUUAAAAUUUGACCUGUGUUUUAUCUGUGGAGACCAGAUUUUGAAAACUGACAGUAAACGUUGUACAAUAGCUUAAACCCCAAAGUGGAAAACCUCGGUUUUACAGAAUUCUGCUGAGACUGUUAUAAACUGUUAUAGUUUCUAAAUUUAGUUUGGCAAAUGACUUUUUUUUUCUGCCAGAUUGCACUUCAGAUGGGAAACAUCUAACGUGCAAAGAGGGAUGGAGGUUGAAAACACAGCAGAUCAGCAGACGUGCAGUCAUAAACGUUUUUAUAGAAGCUAGUGAGCAAGGGGUCAAGGUCACAUUCUGAAAAUCACAUUGUAUUUUUUUUCCUAUUAGGUAUCUUGUCACAUAAGAGAAAAAAAAAAGAACUAGCCAGUGCGACAGUUUCCCAAAAGAGUGUCUUAUCACCAUUUCCUUAUGUUACAGUGGAGCAGGAACACAGUGUGAAAUGUGGACCUAUCAGAUUAGAUCGUUAUCUGGUAUCAGAUCACCUAAGAUAACGACCCUGACGUGACGCGACACCAACCUUCACACGCUCAUUCGCGCUUCAGGAGGGGAAAGAUACUUAAAGUUUACUGCGGCCUGAAUGAAGGACAAGUCAGAGGGAGACAAAAAGAUAAAAGCUGUUGGGACAGAUAAAAGACUGAUAAGACUUCCUCUGAAGAUCUACCAACAGCAUUUCACUGUCCCCCUCUACAUCCCACCACUGCACUGAUUAACACAUACAUAAAGAAAGAUGUUAUGAAACAGAAAUGUGAAUCACGUCUCUGUUUCAUAACAGAGUUUAGGUGUGGCCUAUGGUAUCAUUUUAAAAUAUUAAUAUAACUUUCAUUUGACAAUAUCACAAUGUUAGAAUUACUUUUUUUUUUUUUUUUUAAUGUGUCUGCUUCUCCAGUGUGUGAUCUGUGGACGCUGUGGAAAUCUAUACAAUACUUUGUUCCGAACUUCAGUGAAAAUGAAUGGAAUUUUAAAAUGUGUUUUAUCACCUUCAUCUGCUGAAGGAGAGAAGUUUCUCUGCAAAAUUGCUGACAAGUGCUAAAACGUGUGGAGGGGCUCUGCUUAAUGUCUGACACCAAGCCACACACGCUGAAUUAAUUAGGAAGCAAAGUUAAUUAUACACCUAAAUGUUUUCAAAUGAAAACUACAGGUUGAACUUUGUCUGUAAUUCCAGUGUUUUUAGACAGAAAAGACAUGAGGCUUUUCCUGCUUUAUCCACAGUCAACAUGACAGCAAUGCAGACUUCUGAAUAUUUUAGAUCUGAAUGACAUGUUGGAUCAAUAAGAACCAGCAGCUCUUCUUCUCUGUUCUCUCUAAACCCUUGUCAUGUAGCUUCAUGAACCGGUCUUGCUGAGAUGAAUAUUUCUACCCACGCUGACAUCGGAGUUCUCUCAUUCACCGUUCACUUUUCACAUUUUGACUUGUCACACAUUAAUGAUGUCUCCUUUGCAGCGGUUACAAAGGUUAGUAGUUAAACCAUGUUUUGUCCAAAUGUCUGCUGGGGAAAAUAUCUGUUCACCUUUAGUUUUUAUGCUUUUUCCUCACUGACUGUGGCUGUGACAUUUUUUUCCUUAUCCUGUUUAUGUUUGUGUCUUAAAUGUAUGUUUUUUUUUUUCUAUUUUAAGGAUUUCAGUGUUCAUUUUGACACUUCUCAGCACUGGACCAGCACUGUCUUUAUGAGCAAUAGAACCGUAGCCCACCUCAUACUAACUAGUGCCAAAUUAAAUCCAUGUGAAAUCCAACUGCAGUAUCACCUCAUUGAACCAAAACUUAUGAGGCAGAAUCUCAACAAAAUAUUUUAUGACUCAUUAAGUUCGUGCUUAUUGUAGGCUAUAAUGUGUGACUGCAUUAAACUGUACAGAUUUCAUUACUGUUUUUAUUGUGCUCACCCCACUGUGCUGCACGAGUGGGGAACGUCCUAAUGCUCUCUCUCCAUUGUUCAGACUGCAGAUACACCAUUAUUUCACACAGUACGUGCAGAUACAUAGCUUUUAUUUUUGAGUAAAACACAAUGAUCUUAUAUUUUUCUUGGCUGGUUGUCCUUCAACUUUAAAGUUAAGCAUUACUUCCUCCAGAUGGAGACACACAAACUCUUCAGUAACUCUUCAGUGGGACCCUGGGAAGGUAAGAGCAGCCUGGUUGUGUAGCUUCAGAUCGUGUUUUAGUCAUUCUUGCGCACUCUUUGACUCUGGUCAAACUUUAAUACAUCAGAGCCACAGGGAAUGAGCAUAGAUAGAACGUUAUGAUGCACCUGAAUAAACACUUUUUAUCACACUUUUUUAUUGGCACUUGGCAUGCACAGCAUGUAUUCACUCCCAUUUAGACAGGCUUUUUUUUUUUU